CGACUUCAGUAAAGUUCAGUUGAUUUUGAAAUCGUGGAACGAUACGGAUCUACAUACCCGAUUCUACUGUAUGGCUUUUAUAUUCGCGAUUUAUUUAUUCUGCUUGUUCAAUGUGUGGACGCGUAUUGAAGUACAUUGAAGAAGGCCGACUUUGCGUGUUGAUCGUGAAAACCUAAGUAGAUAGCCUAGGAUAGAUGGUCUAGAAGUACGGUGGACCGUCACUGCUGGAGAACGGAAUGGUUUGGCACUGCUUGUGCGGAGACUGGCUAUCACUGGAUCUGGUUUGCAACGGUAGCGCAGCACUGUUGGUCAACCAGACGCCUGACGGAGGUGCAGCCCAGGAAAAGUGGAAUUUGUGGCCUUUGUUGAUGGGCCUCGCCAGGCGCGUAAAGGAGCAGUCGCACUACCGGCUGUGCAACGCCUGGCACUCUGCUCGUCCACAACCUGGCGUUCAGCGCUCCCUUCUAGCGUCCCUUGGUCGUUGUGGUGCGACGGCCGUUACACGCUGGCAGUCGGCAGGAUCGCGAGCGUGCCUGUACAGGCGUAGCCAGCUCUGGCCAGGCUGAUUUUGAAUGAACUGUUUUUCCGUUGGCUUAUACGAACCAUUAUUCCUUUCCGACGGUGCACACCAUUGCGUACCUUUAUAUUCAAUCUUGUCACCCGUGGCUGCGCCAUUGCAGUUGAUUUAUUUAACGGCGUUGCUGCUCCGUGUCUGUUUGAUCCCGGCGAGUGAAGUGUGGUAUUAUUGACGAUAUUUAUUUCCCGGAAAAAAUGGUAGCGUGGCUUGGAGUCGCUCCCGUGGAGGAUCAGCUCCCGGCUGGCCGCCAUGGGGAGUCAGAAGGUUUAGCAAACGGUCAACCAGUGAGCAGCGCUGCUGCACCUAUGAUUGCGCCGAUUCCUAUCCCUUUGCCGAGGCCAGUAGCUGCGUCUUCGUUUGAUGGUGGUCCAUUACCGGAAGUGAAUUUUCGCAAUGGCGGACGUAUCAGACGGGACAGCGCUCUUCAAAAAAGCAGCGAUGCAACCACGAAUGGGGUAACGAUUCAGGAAUCGUCUGCGAAACCGCCAGCAGCUAUAGAACCCAGUUCUUUCCCGCUCUCGUUCGUGCCCGGUCUCAGCAGUUCACCGGUGGUUCGUUAUUUCCGACGCCGCAACGACAGUGCACGGGUCGGGGCAGCUGCUGACACUCGACAAUCCGACGAAGAGAGCAUCAUUUCUACCGAAUCGUCCACCAUCUGCAUUACACCGGACGGCAUCAUGGACAGCCACACAAUCAAUUCGCAGAACGUUUUGCCGGGCCGUCGAGUCGGCGAAUUAGACUUGACCGUGCCGAAAGAUAAUUUGAGCGUAAGGGAUAUAGACUUAGAAGGAGGUGGAGUUGCGAAUGAGUCUUUCAGCUGUGACGAUGACGAAGGACCGCAUCCGGUGCAUAUCGAUGCCGGUCUGCCACCUGUGGAUGUUGUCGAAGAUGUUUGCACCGCGGCGAAAAUGCCUAACGAUAUUCCGAUAAUUGAUGCUCUGGUCGUCGAGGGCGUCCACAUCGGCAAAGAGAAGCUGAAAGGGCUGGUGCUGCAGAUUUUUAUCCCAUUCCUGCUAGCAGGCUUCGGUAUGGUCGGUGCGGGUGUACUUUUGGAUGCUGCAUUGAAGUGGACAGUGUUUACGGAAAUCAGUGAAAUUGUGAUUAUGGUUCCGGCAUUGCUGGGGUUAAAAGGUAACCUGGAGAUGACGCUGGCAUCCCGGCUGUCCACCCAAGUUAACAUCGGGGGCUUCGAUGUGCCGCGGCGCAAAUGGAAAAUUAUUGGCUGCAAUAUGGCGUUGAACCAGGUGUUGGCCACGGGUGUAGGGUUUAUGGCUUCCCUUUUCGCUGUGAUUGUACACGCCAUUAAGCACCACGGCCAGGUGGAGACUCAGAAUGUCAUCCUGAUGUUGGGAACCGCCAUGCUUUCAGCGUGUUCCACAAGCAUCAUUCAAGACAGCAUCAUGAUAGCGACCGUACUGUUUGCUAAGCGCUUCCGCUUGAAUCCCGACAACAUUGCUACACCGGUUGCAGGAACUAUUGGAGAUGUGCUGACGCUCAGCAUCCUGGCUGGAUUCAGUUACUUAUUUUACAGUGCCUUUAAGACAUCUUAUGCCAUGCUUGGUCCGAUUGUGGCCAUAUGUUGCCUGACUUGCCUGGCGAUGUUGUGGGUAUGGGUCGCGCGACAGGAAUCCAGCACUCGCCAUGUGCUGAUUCACGGAUGGGUGCCUGUCGUGGCUGCGAUGCUGAUUAGUAGUUGCGCAGGACUCAUCAUUGAGCAAGUUAACAGCACCAGCCUUGGCUAUUUUAAAGGACUGUCUACAUUUGUACCGCUCAUUAACGGUGUGGGUGGAAACAUCGUGUCAGUGCAGGCUAGUCGGAUUGCUACUUAUUUGCAUCUGGCAUACACUCACCCGGGACAUAUACCGCCUGGUUAUACGUACUUGUACUCACCUUGCCAUUCCUUCUGUUCUCGCUCGAACGUUAACGCACGAACAGCCCGCUUGUUGCUGCUUAUGGUAGUACCAGGCCAUUUGAUCUUCCUCUUCACAAUCUCCUUUGUGCAUACAGGAUCCACCAGUAUCUCACUGUCGCUGCGGUUUGCCGUUGUCUUUCUUGUUAUGGCAUUGAUUCAAGUGGCUGUCCUUUUGUAUGUUGCCGAUAUUCUGACUCAUUUCGUUUGGAUGAAAGGAUUAGAUCCCGAUAGCCAAACUAUUCCCUACCUCACAGCGUUGGGUGAUCUCCUUGGAACGGGGCUUUUGGCUUUUGCAUUCUGGUUAAAAGGCGACAGUGUUGGAUCCUAACUCAAGUAUUCGAUUGGAAAUUGCUUGAUGGUUUUUCGGAAAAAAAUUUGGCAAUAAAGGAUUUUGCACUGCUGGAGCGUUGGUAAAGGUGGAUUUUAUCCUGGAUGAUACUGCGUUGGACCGGAUCAGUGGUUGCAGUCAUUAAUUUACGGCCAGGGAAUAUUUUUCAAACUAAAUCCGUUCCUUCAUGACAGCGUGAUAAUGGUGUACAGAGUACAGGACAAUCGUUUUUAUUACACUUAUUUGAUUUUUUGCUUUUUCUCUUCCAAUUGUACAGAUGUUCUUCAUAGCGGAAGUACGCAAAGCUGUUCUUCACCUUAAAAGUCUUCGUAAUCUGUCAGUUUUUAAGCGGCCCAUUUUCAGUCAUUUAAGUGUUAGAUUUGCAUCAGUUUUGAAUUUUCUAGCUCUACGGUGGAAAUCCACUACCAGCUAGCACUAUCGCAUAAAUGAUUGUUGACGGAAAAA